AUGUCUCAUCCAUCGCUAUUCUCGUUGAAAUCACAUCGAUUACGAAUCUGUCUUUUGUUAAUGAUUGGACUUUAUGCGACGGUUUCAAUGAGAGUAAAUCUGAGUAUGGGAGUGACGUGUAUGGUAAACACAACUGCAAAUGCUAAGCCUGCAACUUUAUCGAAUACGAGUCAACAAGUGGAACCGAGUGGGACGUGUUAUCGGAGAUACGAUGAAGUGUCCGCGAAAGAGGAUGGAUAUGGGGGUCCUCUCCUUUGGAGUUCCUCAAUGCAAUCACUUCUAUUUUCGGCCACAUUCUAUGGUGGAUUGGUCACCAUUGCCAUUUCUGGCUAUAUUGCUGAUCGUUUCGGUCCAAAGAUGAUUCUACUAUUUGCUGCUAUCGAUUUCUCGAUCAUGACAAUGAUGGGCCCGUUUCUUGCUUCGAAUUCCUAUUGGGCCUAUUUUGGAGCUCGAUUUAUUAUGGGGCUUGGAGAGGGCUUCAUUUUCCCGUGUCUGAACAGCAUGGCCGCCAAAUGGUUUCCACCGAGUGAGAAGUCGACUGUUGGAGCUAUUUAUACAAGUGGAAAUCAGUUAGCCGCUGGUUUCACCUCAUUCCUUGUGGCCGGAUUGUGCUCUUCACCGCUUGGAUGGCCGUCGAUCUUCUACAUUUUUGGCAGCUUAGGCAUCAUCUGGGCAAUUGUUUGGCAAAUCUUUGCCACGAAUUACCCAAACGAAAACAAAUGGAUCUCUGAAGAGGAGAGGAUCUACAUCGAGAAAAAUCUUGCCAACAAGCAGCAAUCUCAAUAUUUUCAAGAGAAUCGCGUCCCAUGGAGAGAAUUGCUCUUCGGUAAAGUCGUCCUCGCCAACUACACGAGUCAAUUCGCUUACAACUUCUCAGCCUCAAUCAUGCAAGCCUUUUUGCCGACUUAUUUCAAGGAUGUUCUCUUUAUUCCGAUUCGUUUGAACGGUUUAUUCACAAUGGUGCCCUUCAUUUCUCAACUGGUUUCAAAGAAUAUUUUUGGCGUGUUGUCGGAUUAUAUGAAGAGACACGAGAUUUUAGAUCCCGAUGUUUCUGUGAAAGUUUUUCAAGCGAUUGGAGCCAUUGGAUCAGCCGUUUCCCUCAUCGCUCUAGCCACACUUCCAUCCUGCGAACACCCAUAUAUCGCUCUGCCCAUUCUGAUGGCUUACGGUAUUUUCUUCUCCGCCGGAAUUUGUGGUUUCUUCACAUCUUUGCUUUCAAUCGCUCCCCCGUACUCGGGCACAAUGACCUCGAUCUCGAUGACUUAUGCCACAAUUGCUAACUUGAGUGGCCCGAUUCUGAUCACAUUUAUCGAUUUUAUGGGUUGGCCAAACAAAUGGAUGAUUACCUUUUUAUCCGCUGCUUCUUUUAACAUUUUAUCUGGAAUAUUUUAUGUAUUUUAUGGAGAAGCUCGAGUGCAAGAAUGGGCAAAGCCAAACGAGAAAGAGAAGCCAAGGAUU